UAUACGAUUGUGUGGUCUUGUGUAGUACCACAUGGCCAUGAAGACUCAAACUCCGCUUCUGUCUCUUCUCAUCUUGAUAACUGUCUUGGGUGGGGCCCAUGCGGCGGGCUACACUCCUACACCGAGUGUGGGAGUGGCCCCACCGCCUCCAUUCGAGGUGGCGGGUAAGCCGUUCCCGCCACAGUCGUUUCAGUGCAACAACGCUGCGAGCAAGUGCUACGGCCAGGAGUUGAAGUGCCCAAAACAAUGUCCUGAGUUCAAGCCAGCUGACCCCAAAGCCAAAGCUUGCUUCGUUGACUGCAACUCUCCCAAAUGCGAAGCUGUUUGUAGGAAACGGAAACCCAACUGCGAAGGAAUCGGAGCCGCCUGCUACGAUCCAAGAUUCGUCGGAGGAGAUGGAAUCAUGUUCUACUUCCACGGCAAAACCAACCACCAUUUCAGCCUAGUCUCCGACUCAAACCUCCAAAUCAACGCCCGCUUCAUCGGACGCCGACCUCAAGGAAGAUCACGUGACAAUACAUGGAUCCAAGCUUUAGGUAUCAUGUAUGGCCCGCACACCUUCACCGUUGCAGCGAACAAGGUCUCUCAAUGGAAAUACGACGUAGACCAGCUUCUCUUCACCUACAACAACAUGCCAGUCUUCAUCGAUGAAGGCCAUCUCUCUUCUUGGACAGCCCCAGACAGCAGUCUUGUAGUAGACCGCACCGCCAUGUGUAACAGCAUCAUGAUUAUACUACCCCAUGUCGUUGAAAUCUCCAUCAACGUUGUCCCUAUAACGAAAGAAGAUGACCGAAUCCACAACUAUCAAAUACCAUCCAACGAUUGUUUCGCACAUCUGGAAGUGCAAUUCAGAUUCUUCAAACUCUCCGAUCGGGUCGAAGGAGUACUCGGCCAAACGUACAGACCCAAUUUCCAAAAUCCAGUGAAGAGAGGCGUGCGUAUGCCAGUCAUGGGUGGGGAAGACAAGUUCAUGACUUCAAGGCUUUUGUCAGCCGAUUGCAAGAACUGCAUUUUCAACACCCCCAAGAUUUCAAGUGCGGCACGAGCAUUGGUAUUGGAUCCCACCAGCACCAUGGAUUGCACCAGCAAGAUGAGUAAAGGCCAGGGAGUGGUUUGUCGCCGAUAG